AAGUCCUGCGCGUGUAACGAACAAUGGUUCGGUGAAAUUGGAGAGACAGAGAGAGAGAGAGAGAGAGAAAGAGAGAAAACGGAGAAAAGGGCAGCGAGAGGUGAAAAGAGGGGAGGGAGAGAAACGACGGACAAUCGAGCGCGUGUUGAGUCGAUACGCGCCACCGCCGCUUAGCGACCGCGUGGAGUUCACCGUUCGUGGAUUCCGCGAGAGCGAAAUGUCAAGAAUCACGCUCGAUUUAUUGCGAAAGCGUUCGGAGCACAACGAGGGCGAGAUCUCGACGCUCGAGGAGAUCGCCUUGCACCAGGAGAACAUCGAGAAGAUCGAGCUGAUCGACCGGACGUGCAGGCAUUUGAGAAUUCUGUUGCUCCAGAACAAUCUUAUACCGAGGAUCGAGAAUCUGGGCAGAUUGAAGAGGUUGGAAUACUUGAAUUUAGCGUUGAACAACAUAGAGGCGAUUGAAAAUUUGGAAGGGCUCGAGAGCUUGAGAAAGCUGGACCUAACCGUAAACUUCAUCGGCGAUCUCCGAGGGAUUAAAGCGUUGAGAUGCAACGAACACCUAGAACAGUUAUUCUUGAUGGGGAAUCCGUGCGCGGAUUACGAAGGAUACAGGGAAUACACGGUCGCGACGCUCGUGCAACUGAAGGAGCUAGACGGCACGCCGAUUGAGAGAUCCGAACGUAUAAGAGCAUUGCAAAAUUACGCCGAGGCCGAGGGUGAGAUCAUACGAAGUUACGCGAGAUACAAGAAAACAAGGGAAACGGAACUAGUUGAUUAUCACGAACGAGCCACGAAAUCAAAUCGAAAAGAGGGAAACGAGCAAGUGGAAAGAGAAGUAGAAGGGGAAGAGAAAGAAGAGGAGGAAGAGGAAGACGACGAACAGUUUUGGAAUCGAACUAGUCGUCACACGCCGGAGGAACGCGUCGCCAUUGCAGAACGGUACAUGCGAAAGGAGGAACGACGAAACCGGGAGAGAAAUCGAAGAACAGAACCGCGAGUCACUUAUAAAUUGAAGCUGUUCGACGCAGACGGCAAACCGUACAACAUGAAUCAGCCGAAGGUACCGUUCAAAUUGGACGAGGAGCAGCACGACAUCGUCUUGGAAGUAACCCUGUUUAAAUAUUUGGACACUUGCUACGUCGACGUGGACGUGAAUCCAGAUUACGUGCGUGUUACGAUCAAGGGGAAGAUAUUGCAGCUGACGUUGCCCUGCGAGGUAUCGGUGAACGAGAGCACGGCACGAAGAAACACGACGAAUGGCAAAUUAGUGGUGACGAUGCCGCGCUUAAACCCGUUGCGCACGAUUCUGCCGAACUACAGAGAAACGGUCAAAAAGGGAACAAUCGACCGACGCAAGACGACGAUCGAACGACGAUCGACGACGAGCGUGCGCGAAUACUUGGAGAUCGGGCCAGUGGCGAACGACUUGGACUUCUCGAGGAUCGUCGCUCGAUCGACCGUCGACGAUCAAAUUGAAAAUGGUCGGAAGAGGGAAGACGAGAAGAUCGUCUGCAGCAGCAGCGGCGACGAUUCGGAGGUACCGCCGCUUGAAUGAAAGCCGCAAGGUGUAAGAACGUUCUCUCACCUU